AUGGAGACAUUUGUGAGACUCAUUUCCAUGGCUCCUCUGUUUCUGCUUCUCUGCUUUCCUCUGGCUCUGGCUGGUCAUGACUAUGGCGCAGCUCUCAGCAAGAGCAUUCUCUUCUUUGAAGCUCAGAGAUCUGGUGUCCUUCCCCGUAACCAAAGGGUCACUUGGAGAUCCAACUCCGGCUUGUAUGAUGGCAAGGCCAGCGGGGUGGAUCUUGUUGGGGGUUACUAUGACGCAGGGGACAAUGUGAAAUUUGGGCUUCCCAUGGCGUUCACUGUUACUAUGAUGUCCUGGAGUAUAAUAGAGUACGGAAAGCAAAUGGCUUCAAGCGGUGAACUUGGGCAUGCCAUGGACGCUGUCAAGUGGGGCACUGACUACUUCAUUAAAGCUCACCCAGAACCCAACGUUCUCUAUGGAGAGGUCGGAGAUGGGAACAGUGACCACUACUGCUGGCAGAGGCCGGAGGACAUGACCACCGACCGCCACGCUUACAAGAUCAGCCCGAGUAACCCCGGGUCGGAUCUCGCCGGAGAAACCGCCGCCGCCAUGGCCGCCGCCUCCAUUGUGUUCCACCGCACCAACCCCGCCUACUCCCGCGAGCUCUUACAGCAUGCGUACCAGCUGUUUGAUUUUGCUGACAAGUACAGGGGCAAAUAUGACAGCAGCAUUACAGUUGCUCAAAAGUACUACCGAUCCAUCAGUGGCUACAAUGAUGAGUUGCUUUGGGCCGCUGCUUGGUUGUACCAGGCUUCCAACAAUGAGUACUACUUGAACUACCUUGCUAACAAUGGUGACUCCAUGGGUGGAACUGGUUGGGCCAUGACCGAGUUUGGUUGGGAUGUCAAGUACUCUGGUGUUCAGACCCUUGUUGCUAAGUUCUUAAUGCAAGGCAAAGCUGGUAAGCAUGCUGCUGUCUUUGAGAAGUACACGGCGAAAGCUGAGUACUUUAUGUGUUCAUGCCUCGGAAAGGGCAGCCGCAAUGUGCAGAAGACUCCUGGUGGCCUCAUUUUCCGUCAAAGGUGGAACAACAUGCAAUUUGUGACAAGUGCCUCCUUCUUGGCCACAGUCUACUCCGACUAUCUUACAUCUUCCAGGAGAACACUGAAGUGUGCUUCUGGCAAUGUGGCACCUACUGAGCUUCUAUCCUUUGCAAAAUCUCAGGUGGACUACAUUCUCGGAGACAACCCAAGAGCCACUAGCUACAUGGUUGGAUAUGGAAACAACUAUCCUCAACAAGUUCACCACAGGGCUUCCUCAAUUGUUUCCAUCAAGAAGGAUUCUUCAUUUGUGAGCUGCAGGGGAGGUUAUGCUACUUGGUUUAGCAGGAAGGCUAGUGACCCUAAUCUCCUUACGGGUGCUAUUGUUGGUGGACCUGAUGCCUAUGACAACUUUGCUGAUCAGAGGGACAACUAUGAGCAGACCGAACCUGCUACCUACAACAAUGCUCCUCUUAUCGGUUUAUUGGCUCGUCUAGGAGGAGGUCAGAGCGGCUAUAACCAGCUUCUUCCAGUUGUUACAACCCAGCCAAAACAAGCUCCACUACCUAAGGUUACUCCAGCUGCUCCAGCUUCAUCUUCUGGCCCAAUUGCAAUAGCACAGAAGGUGACAUCUUCAUGGGUUGCCAAGGGAGUAACUUACUACAGAUAUUCCACAACUGUGACCAACAAGUCUGGCAAGACACUCAAAAACCUCAAGCUUACAAUAUCUAAACUGUACGGUCCUCUUUGGGGUCUUACAAAGACCACUGAUUCCUAUGUUUUUCCAAGCUGGCUCAACUCUUUACCUGCGGGAAAGAGCCUCGAGUUUGUCUAUAUCCAUUCUGCUUCUGCAGCAAAUGUCUUGGUCUCAAGCUACUCAUUAGCGUGAGAAAGGAAAGCACAAGCACUCAAUGAAGCAAAGGAGAGAGGUUCACACAGUUUCUGGGAUCGUAAUGUAAGAAUUGUGCAGUUAUACAGAAAUCAGUCCAGAAAGGUCCUUUUUUUUCCUUUCGAAUAUUACUUUACUUAUGAUGAUUGGGAUCUGCUUAGGCUUUUUAGAUGAAAUUAGGUCGAAAAAUAAGUUUCGAAGAUUGGAGAAGAAAGGAGUGAAGAGACGGUUUAAAAGGUGUGCUCAUCCUCUUUCACCUCCACUUCAGUAAGUUAUAUAGACAGGUUUGAGAGAGAGUAACAGUUAAAGUGUGAGGGGUUGAGGGGUAAAAAGUGCCUUCUCAUCCUAUUUCAAGAAGUCUUUGUUUCUUUGUACUUCAAAGCAGUUUUCUAUGUCUGUCAUUUCCUUUUUUGUGUUGUGAAUCUUGUGAUGUUGUAAGCUUUGCAACAUUUCUAAGUCUUUUGAAUGGAAUAUAGUUUGUGCAAUGGCAAUGUGUCUCGUA